GAUGAAUCCUCUGCAAUAGCUUUACCUCUAGGCAAUCAUCAAGCAUUAGGAGCAAGAGAAGGUGAAGUAAGAAGAACAAGUCUCAAAAUAAAGUCAAGAGGUACUUAUCCUAGUAAUAAUUAGAUUCUGCAACAGCAGCAACUCCUUUCGUUAAUGUCAUACACUCCCAACAACCUUGUGGAAAAGUAAUUAUCUAUAUUAACAUUUUAGAAAGGCUUGGUCUCUAAUUGAUAUUCAAAAUAGAGUUACCUAAUACUUUUAAUAGUAAGUGUUGAGAAAGUAAGUUGUAACCAUCACAAAUUGCAUUGAAUACCACUUGCCCUAUUUUCUGACAGUGUUGGCCAAUUUGAUCAUCCACGGAUUGGAUAAAAUAUAGGGAGAAAUAGAAUAGAUCUCCUUACUUAAGACUUAAUACAUAGCCUAGCCAACCAGAAUUACAAUGAGUAGUUCCUUAUUUUAAACACUGUCCUUAUUAUUGAGAUCUUAACUUGUAUCAUUUGAUAAAGGUAAUCUGCUAAUUUCUAUACAUUUUUAGGUACACAAUACCUUUCCAAAUUCCUAGUAUUCAGAGAUGACUUUUCUGAUAUAUUCUUCAAUACUCUCUACCAGUAUUCGAUAUCAUCCAAUUAACAAGUGAGUCAAUAAUUGAGUUUCACUUAACUCAAUUCAAUGAUCAAGAAGAUGCCUGAAGAUGUAUGGGGAACCUUCAUUUUCAAGAUGCUUAGUUAACAACAAUAGAAGUUGAAUAAGGAUUAAUUCUUAGUCCAAUUCAAUCAAUACACAGUCAACAUGAACAACUUCUUCAAAAAGUCCAAUCUGAUUUUUGAUGUUGUCGAAAAUUCAGUCAAACAAACUGCAUAGAUGCACAACGAUUCAAUCUUCUAAGAAGUAUUACAUCUUUUCUAUCAUAGUAUCUCUUAAUUAUGGGAAGUUUCAAAGCUACUACACAAGACUUUCUUAAAAAGGCUACUAGUGUCUAUUUUGAAGAUCAGAAUGACGAGAUCGAUUUAAUUGAAUUCAAUAUCAGAACCCAAAAAAUCCACAAACAGAUGAAUUGUUCUCUCCUAUACAUUCUACCGAUGUUAUUGCAAAUUGAGAGUCACAUGAUUGAUAUGAUCCAAUAGGAUAGAUAUAAUGAUAAUUCCCAAGCCAAAAAUAGUUCCAAUUACUAUUUGAAGAUGAUUGAGAAAUUGAAGAAUAAAUGUGUCUACAAUGGAGAAGAAGAAUGCAAUUGUAAAAAGUGCUAAUGCAUCAGAAGGAAUAGGAAUUCAGCUAAGGAAUCUUAAAGGAAGAAAAGAGAAGCUCUUGACAAGAUAGGUCCACUCCAGGAUGCCUAUGAAGAAUUACAGAAGAAAGUAUCUCUUAAAUUCUAUCAUUAGGUCAAAGUGAUUGAAAAUGAAAAUGAGACUCUAAGAUAACUAUUGACAGAGGUGUUUAAACAUCCCACUGUCUCAGUGUUAUCACCAGAAUUCAUUGAACCAUUGACAAAGGUUAUUUAAGAUACAGAUCCUGUACAACAUUCAAGUUCAUAUGAAUGUUGACUAAAUAACAUUGUCCACCUAUUAAGUAACAAAUUUGAAUAUCU